UCAUGCCAGCUGCCACGAAAAUGACGCUCGAGUAAUCAGAGCCCUUUAAAUAGCAAGGAGAACUGCGUGUUCCUCAAUCAGCGUUCAGUCCACACGACAGCAACAUGUCUCGCACUCUUCUUAUCGUCCUGGCCCUGGUGGUGGCGACCGCAUACGCCCACCACUACACCCCCGCCCAGCAGAAGGAGCUUAAUGACCGCGUCUGGGUAUGCUUGGAGCCUAUUCCUACCUCGGGAUCCUUCGAAGCCCCCGGGGGGUACUGCUAUAGGGAAUCUAAAGAUCAAGUGAGGUACGGAAUCAAGAAGGAGGCUCUACCUAAUUACAUCGUCAAAUGCCUGCUGGACUACUCCCCUACCCCCGAAGCUGCCGUCACGGCCACCGCCAAGCAGUGCCUCAUCGAGUCCCUCGCCAAGCCCCUCUCCACCUAGCAAGCAAAAGGGUGCAAACCCAGGAUAACAUGUGCCUGGGGGCGAGUGAAACCUCCAGUGGUACCAGUUCGGACUAGAGAUCAUCUAUUGUUAAAGCUAAGAACUGAGAUGAAAU